GACUGCUCUGAUUGGCCCGGAUGGGUUGACUCGACUUCCCAAAGGAGGAAACAACAACUGAGCACCCAAAAAAAGAAGCAGGAGGAAAAAAAGUUCCUGAGUGGCUGGAGCCGGCGGGUCCCUGAGCAGUGAGUAGCCGGAGCCGCACGGAGUCGGAGGGACAGAGACGCAGGGGUGUGCUUGUGUGUUUGUGUGUGCCAGGCACAGUGCACUGAGAUCGGGGGGGGGCGGGGUGCGCAGCGAUGUCCUCUCCCUCUAAGACGAAGGAGGUUUUCUCCUCGGAUGAAGAGGGCCCAGCAGCUGGUGCCGGGGAUCAUCACAAAAUCAAAGUCUCCAGUUUGCCUUUCAGCGUGGAAGCGCUCAUGUCUGACAAAAAGCCCCCCAAAGAGGUGCCCCUCGCCCCCAGCGGGGGAGGGAUGGAAGGAGCUGGCGUGGGCACUUCCAGGAACCUGCCGCUGCCAGGGCACGGCUCCAGAGAAGCUCACAGCCCCGGGGGGCUUACAAAAACCUUCGAGACCUCGUCAGUCAAAUCGGAGAACUCCGAAGACGGCAGCUCCUGGAUUCAAGAGGCCGGGAGAUAUUCCCCUCCACCAAGACAUCUGAGUCCCACAGCCUGCACGCUGAGGAAGCACAAGACUAAUAGGAAGCCCAGAACUCCUUUCACCACUUCCCAGCUGCUGGCUUUGGAGCGCAAAUUCCGCCAGAAACAAUACCUGUCCAUCGCAGAGCGAGCAGAAUUCUCCAGCUCCCUCAACCUCACAGAGACCCAGGUCAAAAUCUGGUUCCAGAACCGGAGAGCCAAAGCCAAGAGACUGCAGGAGGCAGAGCUAGAGAAGCUAAAAAUGGCAGCAAAGCCCAUGUUACCUUCUGGGUUCAGUCUACCUUUCCCCAUCAACUCGCCCAUCCAGGCGGCCUCCCUGUAUGGAACAUCUUAUCCUUUUCACAGACCAGUGCUUCCCAUCCCACCUGUAGGACUCUAUGCUACUCCUGUCGGAUACAGCAUGUACCACUUAUCUUAAGAAGGUGGAAGGGAAAGCAGCGGCGAUAUAGACUUCCUGGCGGAUCGUACCAAUCUGAGAACGCACUAGCAAACCAGUUCUGGUCCUUGGUCCUGCCGGCUCUGUGUGCCUGUCAUGGGACUGUAUAGGAGUUUGCCUUAGAAAGUAAAGCGUCCUGUAUGCACAAGCUGGGACAGCAGCCGGGGUCUCCUCUCAGCUUGAUCGAGCACCCAGACUCUAAUUCUGAACGAAACAAAAUAUAAAAACAUAUACAAUUAAACAACUAUAAUUCUCUUUAUAUACUGCACACGAGACAAAGGAAUCGGUAACCAAUACAUCCUGUAUUUUCAAAGCAUGGUUUCCCUGCCCUCUUCCCCUAAAGUGACCCAAGACCUGUUUUAAAGUAGGAGUGGCUCCUUCCCUGAACUGAAUCUUAAGUCUUGUCGCUUAAUAUUUGGGAAGUUAAAGGUGUAAUCGAGUUUUGUUUUUAAAACAAACCUUGAAAGGCCGAGGAUCACUGUAAAUAGGAAAUAGACCCCAGUAGAGUCAGACUGAGGGCAAAGGCAGCAAGUUUUUGCAUUUUCAAACAGGGAUCUCCAGCACUCAUGCAACAAGCAGCAUAUCCAGAGCGCAGGACAGAGCCCCUAAAUGGGUGAAGUCUAUAAUAACUUGACCCUCUCCAUUAUCGGAUUGCCCUUAUUUGUAGAAGUUGCUUAAACAUUUUUUUUUUUUUUUGCAAAGCACUGUGGGGAGAGGGCUGUAGGCAAACGCCUUCAUCCCUUUCCGCUUUGCAUUUAAUAAUUCACCUAUGGCCAGGUGUCGGUCUGCUUGGCUCUGUGAUGCAAUUUGAAGGGGGCUGGGCGGAAGCCCGUGCUAUGGAGAUAUGGAUAAAAUAGGUGGGCUAUUUCCCCCCAGAGUAGUGUGUGUGCAACGAUUGUCAAACUACAAUGCAGAGUUGGUUUUUAUUUGCAAUGCUGUGUGUUAAAAAUCUCCUUAUAAAAUGCCAAUAUAGUAAAUCCUGCUCCAGCAUUUUUUGAAAGCACGAAUAAAUUCAAGCCCCCAAAAGAAGCAAAUGGGACAAUAGAAUGCCACUGCUCUGCAAAAUGAUGCUCUUGUUUCCUGGAUUUCACUGGGGAGUUCUGCUUCUUAACCAGUGGCAUGAUACAACUGAGGCUUUUUCUUGACAUCAUUAUUGUUUAUGGUUAUUAUUAUUAUUAUUACUAGCGCUAAACUAUGUGGGGAAAUUAUUAUAGAGGAUGCAGAUCGCAGAAGGCAAAACUUGUCCUGGAUGUAUUUUAAAAAACAUAUGGGGGCGGAGGAAAGAGCCACAAAGUUUUGAUCUACUCGAAGAUGCAUUGCCCUCCACUUUAGUUCAGUCCCCGACCCUUCUCCGCACCCAUUAUAUUAAAGUCCCUUUGAAAGGGAUGUCUUGUACAAUUUUAUAUAUUUUAUUGAAGAUUUAUUAUUUCUUAUCUCUUUCGAAUUAAAUUAAAAAAACAACUUUGUUUAA